CCUCGGAGAUACCAAGACUCCGCCUGGCAAUGGAUACACGAUCAAAGAAAUUUCUUACCAUGAUCUCCCGGAGAAAGGUUACCUCUACGAAUACGCACCGAAGAAUACCGAUGGAACGCCAAAGCCAUCAAGUGAAGAUUCAACCUUAAGUGAUGAAAAUACGUUGAGAGAUAGUGGCUUGAUCAAAGUUCAGUUCCUUCCCGGCGCUUUCGACUCGUUGGGCACAGACGAGUCGAAUGAGUUGAACGAGUCGGAAUGUUAUUUGUGA